UCAUCAAGUUUCCUCUAACUGUUAAGUCACUCUGAUCUGUGAGUUCCAGGCUCUUACAGUUGGACACACCUUGCCGGUGCCUCAGAAAGAUUCCAUGAUUGUCUUCAUGGAAAAUAUUGGGAAUGAGACUGAUUGGUGGGAGUUGAUGGACGAGUUUGCAAAUUUCACUGGCACACCACCCACAGAAGAAUAUAGUCCCUGUAGGAUAGAGAUUGAAACACUCAACAAAUAUGCCGUACUGGUCAUCUAUGCCCUGGUCUUCAUGCUGAGCCUGCUGGGAAACUCCCUGGUGAUACUGGUUGUCUUAUACAGUCAGGUCAGCCGAUCUGUCACUGAUGUCUAUCUGCUGAACCUGGCCAUAGCUGACUUGCUCUUCGCCCUGACCUUACCUAUCUGGGCUGCCUCCAAGGCAAAGGGCUGGAUCUUUGGCACAUUCCUGUGCAAGGUGGUCUCUUUUUUGAAGGAAGUCAAUUUCUACAGUGGUAUUUUACUACUGGCCUGCAUCAGUGUGGACCGCUACCUGGCCAUUGUCCAUGCCACACGCACGCUGACUCGGAAGCGGCACUGGGUCAAGUUCAUAUGCUUAGGCAUCUGGGCCCUGUCCUUGCUCUUGGCCCUGCCCAUCUUCAUAUUCCGUGAGGCCAUCGAGCCCCCCUAUUCCAGCCCAGUCUGCUAUGAGGACAUGGGUGCCAAUACUGCAAAAUGGCGGAUGGUGUUGCGGGUCCUGCCCCAGAUUUUUGGCUUCCUCCUGCCCUUGAUGGUCAUGCUGUUUUGCUAUGGACUCACCCUGCGCACGCUGUUUGAGGCCCACAUGGGGCAGAAACACCGGGCCAUGAGGGUCAUCUUUGCUGUCGUGCUCAUCUUCCUGCUCUGCUGGCUGCCCUACAACCUGGUCCUGAUCGCAGACACCCUCAUGAGGCUCCGGGCGAUCAAAGAGACCUGUGAGCGCCGCAAUGACAUUGGCCGGGCCCUGGAUGCCACCGAGAUUCUGGGCUUCUUCCACAGCUGCCUCAAUCCCAUCAUCUAUGCCUUCAUUGGCCAGAAGUUUCGCCAUGGACUCAUCAAGAUCAUGGCCGUCCGUGGCCUCAUCAGCAAAGAGCACUUGUCCAAGGACAGCAGGCCUUCCUUUGUUGGCUCUUCUUCAGGGAACACUUCUACUACCUUCUAGGCCCCUGCCCCUGUUGCAGCCCCUCGGGGCUCCUCCCUUGCCAUCAACACCCCAUUCUAAGCCUCACACCCACUGGCUGUCCACAGUCUCUAUGUCAAGGCAGCCCCCGUUGUGGUUACAGGAAGUUACUGGGGUCAUGUCCUUAUCAGGCCCUCCUUGUGUGGUUGAGAAAGCCUGCCCUGCUGCCCCUCCCCUUACUGUAGUUGCUAUGUCAGCUGCUAGAGCUCAGUCCAUCCUACCACUGAGCCCAUAGCACCCUGUCCCCUGAGACACUUAAAGACAUUUAACAGACAUUCUUUUAAGUGACUACAGAAAGUUCCCACCAUUGGGAGCCAUUAGUGGCAAACAGCAUUGGUUGCUGCCCCAACUCUCUCUUUCUUGCCUGUCAGCAAAGUCCAGUUCCCUUGAGAGAGGCCAAAAAGGACAGGUACUCCUUUCUAAGACUCCUUUUUGCUAGGAGUGGCCUUAUCAUUCACUUCUGACUAAUAAGAUUUAAGGGCAUUAGUGUGCUGGUCAACCACUGUCCUGGGGAAAAAAAAGUCCUGAUUUGUAGCAUUUGCCAAGUUGCCUGGUGUAAAUGCUCCCACUGUGGCGAUGUCAGGGGUGGUGGUGUUUAGUAACCAGCUCACAAAAAUCUAGGAAAUGUAAUGAUCUGCUUUCAAAAGCAGGUACAAACUGGCUUCAGUGCACCAUUGCUUAAGAGGAAGUCUGCUGGGACCGGAGGACUCCUGGGAAGUACUCCUGAUUGAACAAAGAAAGAGAGGGGCACUUGGCCACCUCAGUUAAGCAUUUGACUUUUGAUUUGGCCUCUGCCCUUCUCCCCCACUCACACACACCCUCCUUCUAAAAUAAAAUGAAAACAAUUUAAAAAAAAGAAUAAAGAGACACACACACACAUCCUUGGUUCUUGCCUUUAAAUAUGGUUGUAGGAUAUGAUGUGACAAAGAGUCAAAAAGUGUGCCCAACAUACUUAGGCAGAUGAAGGCAAUGGAUAAAGAGGACCUAGAAUAAAGAGUCCAGAAAGAAACCUAAGUAAGCAUAAAUGGUCAAAUGGUUUUCGAUAAGGGCACCAAGACUCUUCAAUGGGGAAAGGAUAGUCUUUCAACAAAUGGUGCUGGGAAAACUAGAUAUCUACAUGCACAAGAAUGAACUUGAUCUCUUUCCUGACACCUCAUACAGAAGUUAAUUCAAAAUGAAUCAAAGACCUAAUAACAAAAGCUGAAACUAUACAACUCUUGGAAGAAAACAUAAAGGAAAAGCUUCAUUUGGUUUGAGGUUGGGGAUGGAGAGAUGUUCAGAGAUGGGGUUUAGAUCAAGGUUGAGAUUGGAAUCAGGGAUGAGGUUGGAGUUGGAGGUGAUGUGGUGGGGAGCCAGGAAUGGGGUGGCAGCUUGGAACAAGGCAGAAGAUCAGAGAAGGAUGAAAAUUAAGGAUGGGGGAAAUCCAGAACAGGGAGAAAUUGGGGAUGAGAUUGAGGGCGGUUCAGAUGGGCUUGGGAGCAGGUACAGAAUGAGGUGUAGGAAUGGGAUGAGUGUGGGGUGGUGUGGUGAGUCUCAGGGAGAGAAGUCAGAACUGGGGUGAAUGCUCAGGGGCUACUAGUGUAGUCCAAUUAGUGGUUGGAGCAAAAAGACAUCCUUGGGAGAGUGACCAUUUUCUGGGGAUCAUUGUCUACAAUGCUUUUCUGGGGGCCAGGAUGGAGGUGACUUGGCCUAUCCAGCUGGGGUUCUCCAAGGCGGUUGAUGAGAAAGGAGUUAGGGCUCAAGCCCUAGGGGAUAGAUUUGGUGCAGAGAGAAGCCAGACGAAUGCAGAAACCCAGGGAGGAAGGCUGGAUACUGGGCAUGGGAACCUCCCCUUCCUCUCCCUCCCUCCCUCCCUCCCCUAAUGCCCUUCUGCCUUCUCCUCCUGCCUGAUUAAAUUCCUAUCUUCCUUCAUUCUCUGCUAUUCCAAAGACAGCUCCAUCAGGGCUUUAGUAAGUAAAUAUGGAUCCAUAUUGGGCCUGAGAAAAUACAAAUGACUAAUACAUAUCUGAAAACAUGCCUGGCCUCGCUAGUAACCUGGGAAAUGGGAAUCAAACAGCAAUAAAAUAAUUUGGAAGUGUCUUAAAUAGGAAGGGAUAUACAGUGGACUCUCCAACAACACUGGUUUGAAUUGUAUGCGUCCACCUAUAUGAGGAUUUUAAAAAAUAAAUACAAUACUAUAAAUGUA